AUGCUGCGACAAGACUUUCACAGCAUCGACCCGAGUCGGCGUACUGUCAUUGACCAUCGGCGCAAGCAGUUCGCGACGGCCACGUACAAGGAGGCCGAGUACAAUUACCGCCUCAAUUUUUACGCGGACCCCCCGACCGCAGACAUUACUCUCGAGCAGUUUGAGCAAUGGGCCAUCGAUCGGCUACGCGUCCUGGCCGAACUCGAAGCAUGCUCCUUUCGCAACAAGUCCCCCGCCGAGACGGCCCUACACAUGAAGCCGAUCCUCGAAAAGUACCUGCCGCUCGACUCCAACUCAUCGGGCUCGACCAAGCUCGCCGCGCAGCGCCAAAAGGACCACUACAGCCACUUUAUUCUGCGCCUGGCCUUCUCCUCGACCGAGGACCUGCGUCGGCGCUUCGCGCGCGUCGAGACGAUGCUCUUUCGCAUCCGCUUCAACAACGACAGCCUCGCCGACCGUUCCGCCUUUGUGGCCGGCCUCAACUUUGACUGGUGGCACCCCGUCUCGGACGAGGAGAAGCGCAAGUACGCCGCCGAGCUGGCCGCCAUGGCGGGUACCUACCAGAAGAACGGCAGCGGAAGCGCAGAGGACGAGGGCUGGUUCCGCGUCGACUGGGAGCGCGUGCCGGAGCUGGUCGAGGGGCGUCGCGUGUUCCUCAAGGCCGGCAAGGCGUUUGUGCCGGUGCGCGAGCAGUCGAGCAUGGUGGUGGCCGAGUUUACAACCAGGCUGGAGAAGCAGCUAGCGCUUACGGCGCGCGCUCUCCCCCGCCUCGACGAAGACGACCGCCUAACGCCCAUCCUCAACCACCUGUCCAAGAACUUUACCACGCCCGACUCGGCGUACAUGUCCAACACGGCCGCGCCCGACGGCGCCGUCAUCUCGGCCGCGCGCAUCGACCACCUCUCGCAGCACUUUCCGGCGUGCAUGUCGCACCUGCACAAGUCGCUGCGGCGCGACGCGCACCUCCGGCACUACGGGCGGCUGCAGUACACGCUGUUCCUCAAGGGCAUCGGGCUGAGCCUGGAGGAGGCGCUGGCGUUUUGGCGCGGCGCGUUCCACAAGGUGACGGACGACACGUUCAACAAGGAGUACCGGUACAACGUGCGCCACGCGUACGGCGACGUGGGCGGCGACUCGAACCGCCGGGGCGGCGGCUACAGCCCGCUGAGCUGCCAAAAGAUUUUGCUGGAGCACCCGCCGGGGCCCAACGAGGCGCAUGGCUGCCCGUAUCGCCACUUUAACCUGGAGAAUCUGACGGCGCUGGUGCAGUCCAUGGGCGUCAACGACCGCGGCGUGCUGCAGGGCGUCAAGGAGGACAAGGACACGCAAAAGUAUCACAUGGCGUGCAACCGUGUGUUUGAGCAUUUGCACAAAAAGGAGAUUCAAAAGGCCAAGGACGAGGGCAUCAUGACGGCCAACCAGCUGGAGACGAUUGUGCACCCGAAUGAGUAUUUCAAGCGCAGCUACCUGCUGAAGAAUCUAGGUAAAGAGGGUGAUGCCAAGAUGGAGGACUGA